AGAUCACCACCAUGAGCAAGUCUUUCAAAGAGGAGCAUCAACUAGAAAAGCGCAAAUCCGAGGCAGAGCGAAUCCGCGCCAAAUACCCAGACCGAGUUCCUGUGAUUUGCGAAAAAGCCGAUCGGUCGGAUAUCCCGGACAUUGACAAGAAAAAGUAUUUAGUACCAGCAGACUUGACAGUCGGUCAGUUUCAUUACGUGAUUCGGAAGCGAAUUAAGCUGGCGCCGGAAAAAGCGCUUUUUCUCUUUUGCUCGAACACAAUUCCUCCGAAUGCGGCGCUAAUGAGUACCGUGUACGAGGAACAAAAGGAUGAGGACGGCUUUCUCUACAUUCAAUACAGCGGAGAAUCUACAUUUGGGGACGUAGACGCGGAAGAGGAGGAAUAAAUUGUCGAGGGAAGUCACCAGCUACUUUUAAGAGCCAAUUGCUCUAAAGAACUUUGCGAAUCUGGGCCCAAUUUUGCGGCCCUUGCCUGUGAGUACCUCAGUAAAUAGAGCAAUAUUUGAAUAAAGUAAGGAAGUUCUAGCUGUUACGCUG